GCUCAGUUCAGUUCAAGUCGAUGUACGCUGCCGAGCGGUUGCGUCGUUCCCGCUGUAGCAGUCGCUGUCGCUGUCGCUGUGUGUGUAAGAGUGCCGCUGGAGUGUGUGUCCGUGUGUGAGAGUACCGCUAGCCAGGACACACCGUUAUUUUGUGCAGUGAAAAGAAUUGCGAGUGUGCAAUUGCAAUGUGCGCAAUCAAUGCCUAGAUCACAACUCAUCGCGCCGCCCUCGCUCCAAAAAUCCAAUUCAAACAUCAUCCCCUUUCGCGUGGACCGAGGUUCGCUCGUAGCGCAAACGAAAACGAAAACGAAACCGAAAACGACGAAAAAACGCGAUGCGAAUUAAAGCUUUGCGUGGCAAAAUGUGCUAACCGAAGCAACAAAACAAACCAACCAUUCAAAAAAAAAAAAAAGUACCAAAAUAUACAUACGUACAUAUUAUAUAUACACAUGUAUAGCAGCACGUGAAGAAGGAAAAAAUCCCGAAUAGCUGAAGAAAAUUGCGUAGAAAAAUAGUAAAACAAAAAUAGAAAAAACAGGCAGGGAAAUACGAAUUUCGUUGGCCGAAAAAUAAAAACGAUUAUCAUCCAAACGAGUGUGCCACUGUGCCAGUGUGUGUGUGUGCGAGUGAGAGCGCGCGCGUGUGUGUGCGGCGCUAGCCCUAUAAAUAACAUUGGGUCUGGCCGAGCGCUAAUUACGGCAAAACAUGAAAAUCUUGGCGAAAAGCGCAGCAACAACAAGUGAAGCCAAGGCGGCAAUUAAUCAAUUUUCCGCUUGACCCAUAAGGAAGGUUCCAUAUCAUAAUUAAAAGAGGGGAAGUCCGCAAAAACGAAGCAUACAAUCGCACGAAAGUAGGAGCAAAAGGUCAACCCAGCGAAACAUAUCCUUGAGUUACCAAAAAGCAAUGCAAAUUCUACAUAAAUUUAAGCGUGAGCAAAAGUUUCCAUAUCAACGCCGAAACUAAUUUAUAGAAAAGAACACAAUAUCACAAACAAAUUAAAAACUAACAAAAAGUCCGAUGGAUUCGUGUGAAAAUCGUUAACUCAUCAUAUCAUAACUGAAACAACUGGAACCCCAUGAUAUUGCUAAUCGCAAACAAACACUGGGCUUUGGCCUAGAACGCUCAACUAGAAGACUUAAAGAACAGCCAGGAAAAUGCAUAUCAGGGAAGUGGUUUUCCUGCUCCUCACCCUGCUGCCUGGAAUGAUCCUGGCCAAUCGCUACAACCAGCUGCAUCUGUAUGCCAAUGGAGGAGCAACGUCAUCGGGUCCUGGAAGCUACAGGCCCGCCCCCUCCUCACAGAACGAGGUGUACUCCGUAGCGGACAGCCAGCCGAUGACCGAGGACGGCUACAUGCCCCCCAGCCAGCACUUUCCGCCCACCCACUCCGACUUGGAUCCCCCCGCCCAACAGCAGAGCACCUGCCAAACGGUUUGCGCCUGCAAGUGGAAGGGUGGCAAGCAGACGGUGGAGUGCAUCGAUCGCCACCUCAUCCAGAUACCCGAGCACAUCGAUCCCAAUACCCAGGUGCUGGACAUGUCCGGAAACAAGCUGCAGACCCUCUCCAACGAGCAGUUCAUCCGUGCCAAUCUGCUCAAUCUGCAGAAGCUGUAUCUGCGGAACUGCAAGAUCGGCGAGAUCGAGCGGGAGACCUUCAAGGGACUGACCAAUCUGGUGGAGCUGGAUCUGUCGCACAACCUGCUGGUGACUGUGCCCAGCCUGGCCCUGGGCCACAUACCAUCACUGCGCGAACUCACCCUGGCCUCCAAUCACAUACACAAAAUCGAGAGCCAGGCCUUUGGGAACACACCAUCGCUGCACAAAUUGGAUCUGUCGCACUGCGAUAUUCAGACCAUUUCCGCCCAGGCAUUUGGUGGCCUCCAAGGACUGACGCUGCUCCGAUUGAAUGGCAAUAAGCUGAGUGAGCUUUUGCCCAAGACAAUUGAGACCCUGAGUCGACUUCAUGGCAUCGAGCUGCACGACAAUCCCUGGCUCUGCGAUUGCCGAUUGAGGGACACGAAGCUCUGGCUAAUGCAAAGGAAUAUUCCCUAUCCGGUGGCUCCGGUUUGCUCGGGUGGACCCGAAAGGAUUAUCGACCGCAGCUUUGCGGAUCUGCAUGUGGAUGAGUUUGCCUGCCGACCGGAGAUGCUGCCCAUAUCGCAUUAUGUGGAGGCGGCCAUGGGCGAGAAUGCCUCGAUCACUUGUCGGGCAAGAGCGGUUCCAGCUGCGAAUAUCAACUGGUACUGGAACGGACGACUGCUGGCCAACAAUUCCGCCUUCACCGCCUACCAGAGGAUACACAUGCUGGAGCAGGUGGAAGGUGGAUUCGAGAAGCGGUCCAAGCUGGUGCUGACCAAUGCUCAGGAGACGGAUUCCAGUGAGUUCUACUGCGUGGCCGAGAAUCGAGCUGGAAUGGCCGAGGCCAACUUCACCCUGCACGUGAGCAUGAGAGCUGCGGGCAUGGCCUCCCUGGGAAGUGGCCAAAUUGUGGGUCUGAGUGCCGCCCUGGUGGCUCUGAUUGUAUUCGCCCUUGGGGUUAUCAUGUGCCUGCUCCUUAGAGUCAAGCGGCAGCCGUAUGUCGACAGCAAGACGCCCAAUCACAUGGAGGUGAUAACAUCGGUUAACCACCAGAACUCCAUAACAAACAAGACCCAGCCCGCAACGGGCAAUGGCAGCAUUGGAGGGGUGGUCAUCGCCAAUGGAGCUGUGGCCAACAUAAUCGAUGGCGGAGUGGUGCAGGGAGGUACUCUGGAGCGGAAGAGCAGCGGACGGGUGGGUGUGGCCCAUGGAGGACACGAUCAGCGCAGUGCGAAUCCCGUCCAGAAACCGCCGAGGCUAACAGAUCUUCCGUACUCCACGCAGGGCUACGACAACAACGGAAGUGUCCUGUCCACUGCCUCCUGCUUUAUCUCGCCCAGUGGAUCCACCGGAAACGGUGGCAACAAUCCUGACCUCAUCAACGACACCAAACGUUUCGGGAGCGACGAGUUUGCGGAUCUGAAGAUACCACCCAUCAGUGGUGUUGGAGUGGGUGGCAGUGGGGAGUAUAGUCGCGCCAACGGCUGCGACUCCCUGUAUCCUUCGGGUCUGUGGGAACAUGGUGCUCCAGUGGGGGCCACAUCCGCGGAUGACCUCUUCAUGAAGCGCUACACCGACAAGACGCCCAUCAUAGACUCCACUCAGCUGUACGACCUCCACGAGCGAACGGCGGCCACGGACUAUUUCAGCAAGACCUUUCCGAGAUCUCAUCUGCAGCAGGGGAUGAUGACGGGCGGCGGAACGGGUGGCGGAACCUCCACGGCGUCGACAGUGACCACCAAUUUGUCGGGUGGCUCCUCAUCGGGCUACCCCAACGAUUAUGGUCUGCCUCUGGUGCCGGGCGCCGAGCACCAGCACAACCACCAGCUGCAGAUGCAUCCACUGCAGCAGCUCCAGCAGCAGCUAACCUCCACGCUGAACCACCAGAAGCAGGAGGGCAGCUCCACCGGGAGCAGUCCGCACUUCAGUAGCCGCACACUGCCACGCCUGCACGAUGGGAGCGGCGGGGGGGGCGGCAGCUCCCGGUCGUCGCCGACGCCAGCGGUUAGCGGUGGCCAUGCCAACCAGGCGGCAAAUCCCAGCACCUCCAGUUCCUCCUGCUCCAUCCUGCCCAACGGACAGCCCAUCAACGCCAAGACGAUACGGGUGUGGCAGAAGGGCGGGGUGCCCGUCCUGCCACCCGUGACGGCGCUGAAAAGGGCCCUGAUCAGCAGCAGCCGGAAUUCGCCGGACGAGGGAUACCAGGAAGGAUGCGGCACGGAUGUGUAAGCGCAGCGCUUCUCGGGGGAGGGAACGGCGAGGAAACCAAACCAAGAACUGACUAAACUUAACACAACUAAACAAAACAAAACAAAUAAGACAUAGCGACGGAUGGGAGGUAGCUCUUUUUAGGUAUACCACUGAUAGAUAGCUCCGGGGUCCUAGGCGAGCAGCGAUUAUUGUGCAAGCGAACUGUUUGUGAUAGUGUCUGACAAAAAGAUAAUGCGAAUGAAGAUAAUAAUUGCCCAAAGCAAAGAGAAAGCUAAAACGAAAUCAACUGCACUACACUAAAGUAUACUCUCCUUGGCAAGUAACUCAACUAACUAAACUAAACUAAACUAAACUAAACUAAACUAAACUAAUUGUAAACGUAAACUAAUUUAAAAUAGGAUAUGUACAGCAUUCUUUCUUUGAAUAACAUGACAAGCUCUCAACUCCCCGCAUAACGUAAAAAAUAACCCAAUAAUAUAUGGAAAACCAACCAUGUGAAUGUAACUAAAUCUAUAAAUAUGAAUAUAUAC